AUCAGCGGGCGGAGUCCAUCGAUGAACUGGAGAACAUGUACACCAGUGAGCACCGAGGAGUAGUUUAGAAAUGUAGCUUGUUAUUUACAGACGUUUAACAUGUAUUUAGCGAUAUUGCCUUCUCUCAUCAACUACUACUCAGUUAGCCUACUAUCAUGUGGACGGAAGCGCUAGUUUAGCUCAGAUCUGACCUGGUUUGUCAGCCUCUCUCUCUCUCAUGCUGCUGUUCUUCUAGUUUGUUUACCAACACUAGCUAGCAAGUUGCAACACAGACAGACAGAUAGAUUUACCUGUGAGUUAGCUCGCCAACCAGCUAGCAGUGGACAUCUAGAUUAACUGUCAGACAUGGAUUACAUUUUACAGGUAAAAAUAGGCGCCCUUGUGGGAUUGCUGCUUUUGACACUCUUUUUCGGAUUCAUUCCUGCUCGGAUGAAAUGGUUUCGGGACACGAGUGGAACAGACACGCAUCGGGCUGUUCUCAGCUUCAUCAGCUGCUUUGCGGGCGGAGUCUUCCUCGCCGCCUGUCUACUGGACAUCAUCCCAGACUACUUGUCUGACAUGUCCACGGAGCUCGACAAACGAGGGGUGGAUAUUGAAUUCCCCCUGGCGGAGUUCAUCAUGGCGUGCGGCUUCUUCACCGUUCUCAUCCUCGAGCGCCUGGUGCAGACCUGCAAUAGGCGGCAGAGCGAUGAGCGCCAGCCCCUCUUAUCUAGCCACGGACACGGGCACGGGCACAGCCAAGGGAACGGCACCGUUAACGAGCUGGAGAGCAGCGGGGGCCAUCACAUGCACAUAGACCUGCAGGCUCACUCUUCGUUCCGCUCCUUCAUCCUCUUCCUCUCGCUGUCCCUGCACUCUGUGUUUGAGGGGCUGGCCAUCGGCCUGCAGAACACCGAGUCCAAGGUCUUGAUGAUCUGCAUCGCCAUCCUGGUCCACAAGAGCAUCAUCGUGUUCAGCCUGUCGGUGAAGCUGGUGCAGAGUGCCGUGCCGCCACUCUGGGUGGGCGCCUACGUGCUGGUGUUUGCCCUCAUGUCGCCCAUUGGCAUCGCGGUGGGCAUCGGCGUCAUGGAGGCGCAGCUGUCGUCCGGCGCGCUCAUCCAGGCCGUGCUGGAGGGCCUGGCGGCGGGCACGUUCAUCUACAUCACGUUCCUGGAGAUCCUGCCGCACGAGCUGAACUCGCCAGAGAGGCAGCUGCCCAAAGUGUUCUUCAUCCUCGUCGGCUUCAGCGUCAUGGCCGGGCUCGGCUUUCUGGGCUGAGAAUGACCGUGGGAAAGAGUUGGGGAGGGGAAGGGGGUAACGGUGGAAAAGAAGGACAGAUAGAAACUGACCAAGAUGAAAAGACAGAAUGAAUGAGAAGAUCAUGGAACUCUUUUAAAGCUAAAUCUAUGCCCCUUUUCUUCGUGAGUGCUGACUUUAUGGUGCUGGCCUGCUUAGCAUGUAUGUGCAUCAUUGUAGUCAUUUAUUGAUCACUGGACGUGUGAGCUGCACAGGGACUUCAGGAGAAGGAGAACAAUGUGGCUGGUUGUAAGGUACUGAUGCUGUGCACAUACAAGACGCACUGUUUCUCUGAUAUCAGGCAAUGAAAGGCAGCGCCUGUUGGAGAUCUAGGUUUGGAGGGCAGACUAGGAGGAAGCUUCAGUCUGUUUCUCUCCAUGGAAGAACGUUGAGUCACACGGACUGACCAGAGGGCAAACCCAACUCUCUCAAUCCUUCAGCUCAAUUCUGUGCAAUGCCAGUCAUUUUAUGAUUCUUACAUUUACCUUUUUUGCAUUUAUUUUUCAUCUGUGUUAACAUCAAACCUUCAGUGUUUUAAGUGUUUUUGUUAUUAUUUUUAUGUUUUUUUUAUCUGUUUUUAAGGACCACCAUUUUCUGAGGUCAUCUUGCUAGUAGAUGCUAACAUCCGUGGAAUAUGUAUUUACCUUUAAUGGGAAAUGCAUUUAUUUCAUCGAGGGACAGCUGUCCAUAUUCAUGUCUGACUCAUUUUACACUGUGUCUUUUGCACUUACCUACUGACUCCCAGAGAUGACUGGCUUUGUGUGGAAAAACUGACACUGGAAAUAUGAAAUCUCAGAUGUUUUCCUCGGAAGAGAAGUGCUGGAGAGUCAUGUUUGCUGCGGAACGCGUGUAUAGUCAGUCAUAAAGUGUGACAGGUGGUUGCCACGCGUGGCCAAAUCUAGCACUCUUACAAACCUCGACUUUUUUUAGACUAUUUCAUGAACCACUUGGGAAGUGUUGCAAUUGACAUAUGAUUAGUGGUUUAAUUGAGUUUUCAAGACGAACAAAUGUAAUUUUCGUGACUUGAUAAAAAAAAAAAAGUAAUUUCUAAUGAACUGUUUUGUAUUUUGUAUUUUUAAAGAAGGUACCUUUUUUAUUUCUCGGUCAAGUAUUUUUUUUUCAUUGUUAAGUGCCACCUUUUACAGUUGGACUAAAAUAUGAGACAAAAAUGCCAAACGUGCCAAAGGUGUGAGGUGAUUCCUUACUUUUACCGCUCAAAAGACACACAGGAAUAGUCUAGAAACAUGCAACGGGAAAUGUACUGUAUUACAGUAUCGAAUAUGCCAUCCAUGUACGGGACUUUUGCCUCCUUUAUUGUAUGGUGCACUAUUGUGUCAUGUACUGUAAAGCUUGUUUGGGUUUCCCUGGUCAUGCAAAACAUGUCUGAGAAUCACUAGGCUCUCUUGAGCCAACUCUGUUCUACCCUCUCUCAGUAAUAAAAAGGAUGGCUGUGCCUGUAACAAACCA